AUGUCUGUGCUCUCCCCCUCGGAUUACCCUGCUUACGCUGCGGAUAUCUCCAACAAGAAACAAGAACCCCUCGGUUGGGGGUUACGACCAGCAUUGCUGAUUCUCGAUGUUAGCAAGGCGUACUUUUCCGAGUCUUCGCCAACAAGCUUGUUAUCUUCAACUUGUGGGACGGCUGCUUCUGUGCCCGCCAAUGUUUCGCGGUUGAUCGACGCUGCUCGUGCGGGUAAAUGCCCUGUUGUUUGGAGCCGCACAGUGUUUACAAAUAGUAAGCUCCGUGAUGCGGGUAUUUGGACUCAGAAAGUGCCCGAGAAAUUACUAGAAGUAUUCAGCAGCAAAAAUGAGAAUGGCCUCCAUGAGUUCCUUGAGGGAAUGUCACCUUACGGCGGGAACGGCAAUCAUUCAGAAACAACGGUGGCAGACCUUGUGAUUGAGAAGAAGUUUGUGGGCGCGUUCUUUGGUACAAAUUUAGCAAGCCAACUAGCCAUGGUUGGUGUUGAUACGGUUGUGUUGUGUGGUGCAACGACUGGGGGAGAGAUACGGCAGAGUUUACUAGAUGCCCAGGGCUUGGGAUUCCGAGGAAUUGUGGCUGCUGACGCAUGCGCGGACACAUGCAAGGAGACUCAUUUUGCGAAUUUGUUCGAUAUGCAAGCUAAAAUUGGCGACGUUCUCUCAACAGAUAUCGCCACUGAGGGUCUAAGGAAAGGCUGGACGUAUACUGACUAG